AUGCUACGACGCCGCACCGGUAUGUUUGGCAUUGUAGUUAAUAUAGACGGAUUUAAUUGCUCCGCAAGUUAUCUUUUACACUUUUAUCUUUGUAAAAAGUAAUUGGGCAAACUACGUUUGCAUAAUACACUUUUCGAGUACUACUUUCCACAUUGUACCCGGACUUUUUUGAGGUUUUGGGCGAUUUCUGCUCUCGGGUAUGUUUGGAGGGAUAUUACUGUUGAAGGGGGUGUUGUUAAUUACAUUUUUUUGGCAGAUUUAACAUUGUUUAUAGAAAAAAAGGCUCUUAAACGUUGAAAAAAUGUUAUUUUAGGCAAAAUAAGCGUAGAAUUUAUUCAAUUUUUGCAAUUUCCUUUAGGCUUUUUAACCAAUUUUGUAAUUAUUAGCAAUUUUUCGAGACCUGUAGACCUUGUACUACAGACUGUAACAUUCUAAAGCUUGUAUAAACUAGUUUAAUAACGUUUUCUUUACAAAAAAUGCAAAGUUUUCAGUUUUUGAUACUUCCGGAGAUACUUAUGGGAUUAAAACUUCAGAAACACUAUUUGAAUACACUAAUAAGACAUUGGCAGUAAAUUAUUAGGUUUAGUUGGCUAAUAGGUUUACUAUAACAUAUAAUAAUUGGGGGUUGUUGCACAAUAUUUUCGCUAAUAAGGUUUAAAAGUUGUUUUGCACUUUUAACUCGUAAUUAAGUAAAAAUAGCGGUUUUAUGUGUAAAGGAUAGGGCAUAUGGCUUAAAUAAAUUUAAAAAGUUGUAUUUUAAAGCAAGAAUGGCAUUACGUUGGUUAAAAAAGCAUACUAAUGUUGUUGUUAUAGGCAAGAAGUUUACACGAAUGAGAGACCGGAGCAGAAGCAGAGUUUCGUUGAGUGAAGACGUUGAUCAUUGGAUAGAAGAUGGUGAUAUUGACAACCUGGAGGAGCUGCUACUUACUGGCAAAGCGUACAUGCUGGAAAACAGAGAAAUCACGAGCGGAAAGUCAUCUGGAUUCUUGAGGCAGAUACCUGUUUACAAAGUGAGUCUUUGUUCUUGAUAUUAAGGUUUUGGAAGUGAUUAGCUUUAUGUUAUAUUAUGGUCACAUUUACAGCUUUAUGUUAUGCUUCAAGUGCUAUUGUAGGAUCAAAAAGUACGUAAAUUGUAGUUUUUCUAUAAUAAGUAAGUAGUAUCAUGCUUUGUUACCUAAGUUAUAACAUUGACGCGGAACUUACGAAUAUCCGUGUCAUUAGACUUGGUAGUUAACACCCUCAUACUCAAAUUUACUACGACAUAUACUGGAAUUGACUCUACAUUAAAGAAAAAUGACACUGGAAAUCUACUAUAAUAAAAGUGAUUACGUAUCGAGUCUUUUAUUAUCAUUAUUAAAUUUUAAAUCUUGUCAGUCAGGUAAUACCUGUUACUAAUUCUCUUCCUACUCUUUUCAAUUUCAACUGUUUGUUUUAACCUAUUUACUUUGAAUUACUGUCAUAUUUACAGAAAUAUCUUGGUGAUUUUAUACUUGAAGCUUAAACAUCAACUUUAAUAUUUAAAACAAUAAUUUAAAACUUGAUUCACCGACAAUAUUAAACUACUCGAACUAUCCAAAUAGACAAAUAUAGACAAUAUUUACUUAAAAAUGAUGGUAGAUCUGCAAAAAGUAUAUUAUUCUUCUCGACAGGCUAACAUCGAAUGUAUGCUGGAAGCAGUAUGUAUUGGAAACAAGCGAGCAGUACAAGAUCUGAUGGCAUACCGGAAGUGUGUGGCUGCCAGACAUCCCUUUACAAUGUGUUCUACGAUACAUCUUGCUGUAAUACAUCAAGAGUUUGAGAUUUUGGAUCUACUCUUAUCACAUCCAGAUGCUCCAAUCGCUUCUAGAGAUAUUGUAAGUAUUUUACUUUACAAAUUUUUUGCGCGUGGGUUAAUUUUUUGAUAGUUUAUCAUAGUUCAUAGGGAUCUAAGAAACAAACGAUAUUAUUAUGCCACCUUUGUACGAAAAAUUUGAUUUUAGUUUAUUUGUGAUAAGUGUUUAGCUGAUGAUUUUAGACUGGGUGAGGAAAAUUUAAUCUUGUUGAUUACAAUGAAGGCUAAGUUUUGAAAAGUGAGAUUUUUAUCGCCUUACUAAAACUAUGUAUAAAAUUUUAUAAAUUUUAAUUUUAUAUAAACAAGGAAACUUUUGAGCUUCCAGUAUUUUCAAAAGUAACGACAGCUAUCAACAAGUAAUCUAGACUUUCAGUAGGAUUAAGGUAUUACCCAAUAUUAAUUUUUUCUUCCUCUAUGUUUCUGUGGGUAUUUGUUAAGUAUCAUAUUAAAUUAUGAGAUGAAAUGUACUAGUAAACGUUAUUUUAUUUGAUAUCAUUUCUUAUGGUUAUUAAAAAUAUGGGUAAUAUAGAUAUCAAAGAGGCGUACAAUUGAUGUUGUGAUAAAUCAAGAUCAAUUGUAUGCCGUUUUAUGUAAUUGUUUUUUAAAAUUAUCACUUAAAGGGUGUUUAACGUAUAUAAUUACACAGAUAAAGGGUGUGGAAAUAUUUAAUUUGGGUAAACACUCAAAGUAUUGUAAUAGAACAGAAAAGUAAUUUUUCCAUAUCACAUUCGCUGUCUCUUAUUAUGUAGCUUACUUGUUUAUUGGUCAUGUUGUAAGCUUAAAAGCAAUAUAUUUUUGCUUGUUAUUGUAGUUGAUGGGAAUUCAUCGUAUUUGGCGUUUUACAGAAGAAAAUCGAGUAAAAGGUCUAGUUUGACACACAAAAAUCGUAGAAUACCAAAAUACGUACGCUAGUCUAUUGCCAAGUAAGUGCGUAAUACGUUAAGGCGGAAUUUGUAAUGUUUCAUGUAGAUAUAGGUGGAGGAUUAAGGAGUUAAUUCAGGAAGGACGGACACCUUUGCAUUACGCUGGGGCUUUGGCUGGAACUCUCCCAAACGAUUCGGCCGCUCUCAACUGUUACGACACUUUACUAAAGCGUGGUAUACUCGAAAUGACGGUGGAUACGGAAGGCUACACGGCUGUUGACUAUAAGAGGACCCCGAAGUUGUUGGACUUGAAUCAGGUCAAGGGACUUAAUCGAUGUAGGUUUUACUAUGCGGCUUUCUAAAUUUACUUUAUUUUAUAGAUAUGUUGAAUCGAAACUAUUUUUACGGUAAAUGUUAUUAUCGGCAUGAAGCUACAUAAUGGUAUCGAUCAGUGUUUUGCCCGGACCGGUCCGGAGCGUUUUUCACCGGUCCGGUCCGGCGAUUUUUUGGGUCCGGCCCGGUCCAAACUUCAAAUUUUUGGGUCCGGUCCGGUCCGCAAAAAAAAUUUUUUUAAUUUUUAAAAAAAGCAAGGAUCGCUAAAACUGCUUUCUUUUUGCUUAAAAACUUUUAAAAAUAUGUUUUAUUUGCAAUUUUUAAAACAGUUUUCUGAAAAUAAAAAAAAAUUUUUCUUCCGGACCAGUCCGGAGCUUUUUCUUCGGUCCGGGUCCGCAGGUUUUUGGGUCCGGUCCGGUCCGCAAAAAUUUCUGUUUCGGCCCGUCCGGUCCGGACCGGACCCGUCCGCGGACCGGACCGGUCCGGCAAAACACUGGUAUCGAUACAAAAAUGUUAAAAUUAUUUUUUUGAUUACAGACCCAUUGGACAUUGGAGACGACAUAGACAAGAUGAUAUCCGAACGAAACGAAACCGCAUUGUCUAAAAUAGUAAUUGAUGGAAAAUACGACAAGAUUGGCAAUCGUAUCUUUCCACCUCAAAGCCGAGAUUUGGCUAGGAUUUUGAACAAUUUGAAUGUAAAUAAUACCUCAUUUUGUUAUUUUCUAAUAAUAAUAUGUUGGCUUAACUUUUAUAGCAGACAAGCUGAUUUUUAGGCCUUCUCUUUCUCUUUUGUGUUAAUUUUUUUAUUUUUGGUAUUUCAAAACCUUAUUUAUUUCAUGUAGAUAUAACAUUUUUGUAGUAAAAAUUGCGUUUUCAGAUGAGAUGUCAAGCUGUUCAUCAAGCAGUAAUCGAUGAUGACUUUAUUUUACUGAAACAGCUGAUUGAUUGUGAGGAAAUGGCUCAGUGUCGUGAUAUUGAAGGUAGAACACCACUACAUAUAGCUGUCAUAAACGGGAAAGAUCAGAUUGCCAAGUACAUUCUACUGCUCUAUCCAAACGCCGUCGAUUUGGUUGAUAAUGUAGGUUUUGGUUUUAAAAAUUGAAAUAAUGUGUGAAAAGGAAGCUGAUUCUUUUACAAUUAUAUCUCUGGAUAUCAAUGGUAUAAAUUUUUUUUUCAUAUUGAGGAACUGUAAAUUUUGGUAAUGUUUUUUCCUUUGUACACUAUAAUGUGCAUUAGGGUUUAAACAUGCUUAAUAACAAGGAUUAGCUAUUUGCGUCAAAGCAUAAUGCACAUUAUUGUAAUGUGGGUUUAUAAAUAAUAUUUCGGAGAAAGGAAAUUACGUCGUUAUUAAGCCUACAAGCAGGCUUUUGUAAAUCCAUUUAGGAAAUUGUUGUGAAAUUCCACGAUACGUGAUUUGUCAUACAAGUAGAGACUUCCUCGAAGGGGUUUAAUCGUCUUUGUCAAUAUUUUUGGCAUUAUAAUGCAUUAUGUACCCUUGGGGAGAUUUUAAGAUAAUUUUUGCAGAAUUUUUAAGGGCUUAAUGUACUCUACCAUACCUACAUGAUUUUACCAUUUUAUACUUUUCUGUACUUUACCGUCUUCUGAUUUACCUUACCGUACCCGGAUGUACCUUGAUUUACUUUACUCUUCUGUACCUUGCACUAUUACCCCUUAAGCACACACUCAAUAAUUUACCGCAGCUGCAGUAUACUGCUCAAACCAAUAUUAGUUAAUGCUUGUUUUCAUAGUUUAAAACAUUAAACCAAAACUCAAAUUACUCACUCCCUAUCUCCUAAUGUCGCACUAUAGCAACAUGAUAAUUGUGGGUUGUUAUUUUGGAUUGACGUUUUACUCUUGAGACCAGACAUUGGCCGAGAUACGAACUCUCGUUACCAUGGAGUUUUAUCAGUGAAUUACUUAAUUACAGGCUAACAACUCGGCCUUUCAUUAUGCAAAUCAGCUGGACGAUUCGAAUCAGAAGGACCUGAUGCUCGAGUUGCUGCGGAAGGCCGGUGCUAACGAGGAUGAGGACCUGGUAUGUUCGAUAUGUUAUUACCUUAAGCACAUUAUUGGGGAUUGUUAAUGGGGCCGCGGUGGGACCGCCUUCUUGGCCUAGUCUUGUUAUUUUUGUUUUUUUUUCUAAUUUAAGAAGAGGAAACUGUGUGUUUACGGAAUGGAUAAUUGAGUUUUGACAUUUUUGUAGGAAAGGAGUUGGGGUGAUGUUGUUCAUGUUAGGUGGAUGAGAUAUUGGGCCAAUAUUUUUAAUUUUUUUGUGUGAAGAUAAGAAAGGGAGCGGGUGAUAGGAAUAGGCAAAAAAAUUAAGAAAUGGAGAUUAAGGUUGAUUUAUUGUACUGCAAAGACUCUUUUGUACCCAUUUUUUACGUAGGUGUACAUUACCGGACAUUAAGAUAUUACAUUAAUGAGUAUUAUAUAGCUCGAUUCUAUAAGACGCUUUAGAGAAAGGAAGCCAUAGAUAUUGUCAAUGGUUGUUGAUACUCCGAAAAAUUUUUUUAAAUCUGUUUUUGAUGACCAUUUUAAAAUGACGUUUCUGAAAAAAGGUGUUUUUUCUUUGAUUUCGUACUAAAGUUAAUUUUAGGCAUAAAUUUUGAAAUUUAAAAAAUUAAAAUUUAAAUGUUUUGAAAACCGAUGUAAAUUGACUAAAAAAAUUUUGAAAUUGUAUAAAAAAGUAUGAAAAAUCUUGUUUUUAAACCAAAAAAAUGAAUUUUUUCUACUUAAAACACCCAAAGUCACUAAUUUCUUACGGUCGGGGUAAAAUCGCAAACCCUGUCCAAAAACCCCUAAAACUUACAAAUUUGGUUACAGAAUCCCACGGUCCAGUUAAUUUCAACCCAAACUCGCCGGAAGUCCGAUUCGAUGCGGGUUUUAAUGGCGGCCAAUUCAGUGCAUUCGACUAGCGAAGACAUGUUUGGUAGGUGCUAGGUGAAUAUGCCGCUAAUAUGUUUAGACCUGGAAGAGGAGGAGAACGUGGACGAUGCGGUGGAACAGCGGAUUCUGGCCGUGAAUUUCGAUCAGAAACUGUAUCGAGAGUUGGAGGAUCUGCAGUUCGAGGGGAAGAACGAGGAGAUCUGGAAGGUGGUCAAGAAGCAUCUGGGGAACGAGAAGCUGAUCAGAUAUGUGUAUUCGUAUAGACAGGUGCAGGUAAGCAUAUAAGGUUUGGGGAAAGAAUGCGUUUUAAUCAUUUUCAAAUUUAUUUUUAAAUUUAGCUUUACUAUUAAAUUUAAAAACCCUGAACGUCUUUUUUAGCCUUUUAUAUAAUUUUUUGUUCUUUUCUUGACCAUUUCAAUACAACCAUGAAGUCUUUUUUAAGUAAAUCUAUUGUAAAAUGCAUAAGAUCUUGGUGCGUUUACAUAUCCAGGAAUUUGUAGAUAAACAAAUCUAUUUUUUAUUAUAAAUUUAAAUUUUUAGCAAAGUAGACUAGUAAAAAAGCCGUAUAAUAUUUUGAUUCUUCUGGCCCCUAAUUACCGUGUAUUAUAGAAUCGAUUGGUGGUCGCCAUUCAAGCAGUGAAUGAGAAUGACUUGAAGAAACUCAAGAGUACGUUGGACUCGGAGUUGAUUCAGCUUCGUGAUAACAGAGGUGAGUUUUUUUUUCUUACUAAUGUCUUACUCAAUACUUUAGUCAUCGAAAAGUUUUUACAAUGUUUUAGUGAUAGUAAUGUUUUUAACAUCAUACUCAAUUUUUUAGUCAUAUAAAAGCAACAGGAAGCUUAAAAUCUGUAUAAAAUACGAUUAUUUCUUGAUUUUUAAUCAAAAUAGGGCUUUCUUGAAAUGUUUUCUCAUAACAAACUGUUUUUGUUUGUUUCCAAAAUAGAUUCUACACCGAAACUCCUGGAAAACCGUACAAUAAUAGAUGAUUAUGUUUACACUUCCUUGUUUUCAUAUAAACCCUACAGAUAUGGCUGUAAAACCUUACUGAUUGCAGUAAACAUCCCAAUAUAGAUCUAUAUAUUUAGAUGUUUUUAUAUUUUCGCAUUCGCACAUGGCUUCCUCGUUGCGAUCUUAUUUUUAGUAAAUGUACAGAAAUUGCAAAUGUAAAAGUAAUCUCUAAUAUCGCUUUAUUGUCCAAGAAUAAUCCCGAAUAACAUCAUGAAUAAUGAGUAUUGCAGGAUUAACCAUCCUGCAUUGGGCAGUGCUCAAAGAACGCCAUGAGAUUGUCGAGUACAUAGCCAAAACCUUUCCCAAACAGCUGGACAUCACCGAUCAGGUAGGGUAACAUAGGCUUGGUUAGUUGUUUGGGUAGAUAUUGGUGUAAUUAUUUUUUGUGGUUAUCAGUAUAGCAGUUGGUGAGUCCUUAGAGUGACAUAUAAUACAUAGAGAGAUAUAAAUAGUAUAAUCAUAGUUGAUAUUACCUCGUAUGUUACUUUAUAUAAUGUUAUGUUAUUCUUGAGUGACCAAUAGGCCAUAAUUAACGAUAUUUUACAUCAAAGUAGUAAACUCUACCUAUACUUUCUAGGAAUACUAUAGUUCAUAAUUCAUCGUAUAUUAAAGAAAAUUUCCUAGUACAAUAUGCACAAUGGCUAAUAUUAUAAUAAUAUUACACUAGACGUUGUAAUCGUUAAGUAUAGGCUGUUUUCUGACCAAAGGCGUCAACGAUGGUAGUGUUAGAGUAUUAGAGACAAGAAAACAAUUUCAUAACUUCCGUUUUUAUGGCCAUUAAGUUGUGUUUUCUCGUGAUUAUACAGUCUUUUUACAGCAAGGCCGUUCGGCCGCACACUACGCCGCCGUACAACAGAACGCAAUAUACGAUACUCUGGUGGAUGGUGGCGCCAAUGUUUAUUUUGUAGAUAAGGUAGGUUUUGAAUUGUAUAUUUGAUUUUUAGCUAUAGGUAGCUUGAUUUAAAGAUUUUUGUUAGAUAUGGCCUAUACUAAAGAUGUUGUAGUAGUUUGGUAGAGGUAUUUGUAUUGUUUUAGUUGUUUAAUCGAUUUUGUAUUUUUAAAAUGGAGCGUAAUACUUAAAAAUGCUGUAAAAAAUAUGAUAUGUCCAUUCCUGGCCUAAAUUUCGUCUUAUGAUGCUAAACCUUUAUCAAAUCCCAACUAAAAUCAUAUCACCGAAAAACCUUUUCCGCAAACAACCUUUCCCUUAUCGCAUUAUCCCCAAGAUGUCAACAUGCAGAUUAAAAUUGACGUUGUUUCGUCCCAGAUCAGACAAUAAGGUAUUUAGCGCGGCCGAAAAAACCGUUGAAUUAGCGGGCUAUAGAUAGACCGAAGAGGCUUUUGGCCAUUUACAACACCCCCACAGCAUGAGAGGGCCGCACACCAGCAGCACUGAAGCUCUACAGGCUGAUAACCGAAUUAUGUUUUAGCGUGGUUUCACCGCCAGCCGCUAUCGCACUAAUCCCGACAUGAAUCUCAGGCCAGCCUCGCCGCAACUUAGCCAAUUCAACUCGCUAGCUCACAAACAUCCAUCGCUGGAUGACACGAUUCAGGACACAGGUGGGUGAUGUUUAAUGAAAGAUAUUGUGAAGUUUGAGAGUCUUUGGGACAUUGUUUUAGAUAGUUUUAGGCAUAGUAUUGGUUUUUGAAUAUUAUUUUAGGAGAAAGCUAGGUCUUAUAAGUCAAGAAAUGUGUUUUUGUUUUGAGACCUUGUUUUAGGAAAAUUAGGUCAAUCCAAUAUUGUUUUAGGCCUUUAAAGCACCUUUUCUGUAUUUCCAAGCCAAAUAAUGUAUUUUCCUAUAUUGUUGUAAAUGAACUGAUUCUUUUUUGAAGUUUUUUACUUUAUUAAAGUAUAAGGAACAAAUUUUAAUAUUAUUUUAUACCUUUAUUUUGAUGUAAAACAUAUUAUACCUCGCCAAAUGACCUUUUGAGGACCGUUUUUCGUUGCCUAAAAGCUCUAUUUUAUUAGAAAAAUACCUUUUUGAUAUCUCUUGAGCUUUCUUUUCAUGAUUAAUAUCAUCCAUACAAAAUUAAAGUGUAUUAUACGUGACGCACAAUCUUAAAAGCGUAAAAAUAAGCUGAUUUUGUGACGAAAAAUGUCAUUUCUUUACACUUUUCUUGCAAAAACACCAAUAUUUUUAAAAUCGCUUUUUGGCCAUAAACAUCCCAAUUAUCACCUACUAUAAUAUAAUUGUUGUUAUGAAAUAACAAAUUAACAUUUCUAUUCAAACCUAAUAGCACGUUAUGUUUGAACAAUUAUUUUUUAAAACCAGUACUCUGAGUUCUUUAUCUUGCUUUUGACUGCGUCAAAGCAUUGUUCCAUUAUUCAGCAACAUACGUCAAAAGACAACGAUAGUAAGACAUAACAAAUUAAGUCCCAGGAACAUCGUAUCAGACGGACAGUAAUAAUAAAAGCUUAAGCUGUUAUUAUUGCCGUCUGGUACUAAUGAAAAAGUGUAAACACAAGAUAAUACAAACUUACAAUUAGGUAUAACAAGUUGAUUACUAUUGUCACAACAACUGGCGUGUAUUAAUGUAAAUGUGAGAAAUAUGGGUAGACGUACGAUUAAUUAGUGUAAAAUACGAUUUUUUGAGAAAUCAUGGCAGGUGAGAAGAAACUUUUUAUUAUGAGGUUGAUCCACCACGAAAACGUUCAGAGCGAAAUAAUGGCGUUUUGUUUAGCGAAAAAAAAUUUUAAAGCAGAGGUAACAACUUAUUUUAUGAUAACUUAUAUUGUAAAUUAUAAAGUUAAGGUAUAUUUUUAAAAUUCACCAAUCUUUUAUUCUUAUUACCUAAAAUAUUACACUUGUUAUAAAAAUGUUGUUCAAAGCCAUUAUCUUUGAUCCUAACUUCUAUAUUCAUGUGUCACCAACGUAAUAGUGUGUUGAUAUAGUACGAACAUGUAUGAAUGAUUUAUGGAUAUUGUUGUAGAUGCUCCACCAGAAGAGAAAGUGGAGCGAUGGCUGGCUGUGGGUGAUAUCCAGGCCCUGGAACAACUAGUGUUGGACGGGCGAGGACACAUGCUCAUGGAUAAGAAGGCGAUUAAUCUUUCGAGUACCGAGUUUUUGGAUGGGUUGCCUCAGUAUCAGGUAAUUAUCGUACUUGACCUAGUCAAUUAUAUUAACUUAUGUUAUUUUAGGUAAUAAAGAUAAUGUUUUACUGAUUUAUAUUACUGACUACUACGUUUUAGGCUAAAAUAGAUGCGAUUCACAAAGCGGUAGAAGAAGGCGAUGUUCGACGAGUAAAGAGUUUAAUCGACCGACCACAGUUAUCGACUGCGCGAGAUCAGGUUGGAAUGACACCGCUUCACAAGGCAUUACUGUAUGGUCAGACCAAUACUGUGCGGUAUCUUUUGGCAAAGUAUCCGCAAUGUGUCAACAGUACUGAUCAUGUAUGUUUUUUACGGGCUAAUUAACAUAUGAUACUGUUUUUGGAUUUUUUAAACAUUUUGCACCGUGCAGGUUUUUAUAUUUAUAUUUUGCACAGUGCAGACUAAACUUUGUUUUUUGCACUGUGCAAGUAAUCUUAAUCUUUUGUUUAUAACAAUUAUGGUGCCAAUCUGAGUAAAGCUCUCAAAAAUAACUUGUAAAGCAAGAAAAUUAGUGUAUUUACACAUAUUUCGAUAGUAACACUAUGUUAUUAUGACAUGACUAUAGCCAAACAGUAAUUAACAUCUUGGUAUUGUUAUGCAGGAAUAAUGAGAUGUUACUAUCUAACCAAGAGCCAUGUCAUUGUGUGUUAUGUCAUGUCUAGAGCUAUUCUUACAUUCCGCCUAAAAGUAUUGUCACUUUGAGUGUUAAGUGCACGGGGGCUAUCUUAUUGUAGACAUUACAUUGAUAUUGUAAACAAAUUGAUAAUAGGUAUUACUACUAUAUAAUCAUGGUAUUUUGUCUAUGUUCUUGUGUGUAUGACGCAUUUAUGUCGGUUUGUUGUGGACGAAGAUGUAGCGGCAACAACUCUGAGGUAUAUGAUAAGUAUUAGUACCAUAUCACAUGUUAAGUAGCACAGUAUCAGACUAUUGUGAGAUUAACUGUAAUGUAAACUUAUUACCGGAAAUUGGCAAGUUGAUAUUAUACCAAGAUUAGCAGUGUUUUAGAACCAAGUUGAAUAUUUCAAUGAUGUCAAUAGGUCUUGUAAAGCUUAUAUUAACAUAUACGCCUACAUAUGUCUAUAAUGUACGAUAUAAAGCUAUAUUUAGGCGUUAUGCGUCUUUAAAAUGAGAUAUUUAACCGUAAUGUCUUGAAAAUGGCCUAUAUGUCUGUAGUAGCAUAUAUCUGACGACAAAGCUUAUUAACAUACGAAUUUGGUACUAUAAUGUACAAUAUUAUUCUAUUUCAAGACUUAAAAUCUUGUAAAUACUGUAGAAUAUGACGUAAAAGUUGUCUUUAAACUGUUUAACUUUUUGUCUUACUGUUUAAAAUGAUGUCACAGUAAGUAGUGCAUUAAUAUGUUUAAAACUAUAGUGAAAUUACUAUUUAAAGAUGGUGACAUUACUCAGUAAUUGAUAGUUGAAACAUGUAAAGCAUGCGUUUAAGUCUAAAUAUAGCUUGCAGGCUAUUUACAUCACUAUUUAAAUUACUCUUUUGAAUUACAAAGUUACUCAGUUGGAGUUAAUUUAACAUAUUUACUGAGUAAGAGUUGAAUGUGACUACUCUACCCAUUUUACAUAAUUAUAAGGUUAUACCUUUGAAUUUACAGGCCGGCAGAACGGCGUUACAUUACGCAGCAGCCGAUCCCAAUGGAGAACAUAUGAUUAAAGUGCUUCAGAAGAGUGGUGGAGAUGCUUUCAUCGAAGAUAAUGUAGGCAUUUUGUGGCUUUGAAAUAACCGUAAAGUAUAUGUGAAUUUAAUUUUUGAAGUAAUGGUAAAACAUAUGUAAAUGUAUAUAUGCAAACGUGUAAUGUGUAUAGUCAACUUUGAGUUUAAUAUAGAGAUUGUUACAGUUUAUGUAGUAGGUUUAUAUAUAUUGAGCAUGGUUUUUAUAGUUUGGACACACUCCUUUCUACUAUCGUACUCACGGUAAAGGAUUGAACAUGCGAACGUUGAAGGAUAAUGCGGUCAUUAACCAGCUCAUCUCUGGUCAAUUGAAUCGACCGCUACUUCAAGGUACUGUAUUUUUUGGGUCAAGCAUUAGACAAAUUUGUCUCAAUAUUAUUAAUAUAUUCACUUUUUGAUACUAAUAAUGCUAUAUAGCUAAUAUACGCCCCUUCUGUUGCUAAUGAUUUUAUAUCUGGUGUCAGAAGGUUUAAACUUGAAAGCUUUGUUGAUAAAGUAAAUGAAUUUGAAAUAAAAUGUUGUUUUUUAGACCUAGAGGAAGAUAUAUCAGAUUGGAUACAUACUGGUAAUGUGGGAAAGCUGGAAGAACUUGUACUGAACGGGUAUGCUGAUUUACUGCUGGGUAGAACACACCAAGUCGACGAAACUGAGGCUGUUACCUUCUUGGAGGUUCUACCUCAAUAUCAGGUAGGUUUCGUUGAAUAUGACGGUUAAUGUACAAGUUUUUCAAGUUUUGCUAUCAAGGAGGCUCAAAACUUUCUGAACAACUUUGCACUAUGUUUUUUAUUGAAACAUGACAUUUUAAAAUGUUAAAAUAACUUUAAAAUGUGCUUCAGGCCAAAAUUGGAGCGAUUCACAAAGCGAUUGAGCAAGGAAACAUCAGGGCUGUGAAGCUAUUGACCGAUCGCAAGAAGUUGGCAUUGUGUAGAGAUAGUCGAGGAUUGGCACCACUACACAAGGCUAUUGUCUUUGGUCGUACUGACAUAGCCAAAUACCUGAUUAGGAACUAUCCACAAUCAGUUAAUGCUAUGGAUCAGGUAGGUCAAGAUUACUAUUUUCGUUACUGUAACUUUUAGUUAAGAUACCUUAAGGUUUUAAACGUGUUUUGAUUUGAAUAACAGUGUUGUAGAGUAUAUUAUUGUGACACAUUUUUCUGUUUUUUCUGUAAAAUACGUCAAUUUUAGAACAAGAGAACGCCAUUACACUACGCAGCAGCUCUUCGAGAUGGUGGAUAUCUGUACAAGUUAAUGCGGAAGGCGGGUGCUGAUCCUAAUAUCUUUGAUUGUGUAAGUUAUCUCACUUAAGUUUUUUUUAAAUACGAUGUCCUGCGUUUUUUCAUGUUAUCUUUACUAUAACAAUGAGUUUUUUUAGAAUGGAAGACCAGCCAAGUACUACUUGAGGUACCCAGGUGAAAUCAACCUGGAGAGAAUGAAAAUGGAUACAAAACAAGCACUAAAACAAGUACUACACAAUAGAGUGGCACCUAGUUAUUUGGAGACCAAGUAAUCUACUUUCCUAUAAAGUUGAAAAUUUUUUUUACGCCAAAAUUUUAUUUAUUUGGCAUAAGCAAUAUAUAUUGUUACCUAAAUUUAAAAGAGCUAUUUUAUUGUUUAAAUAUUUUAAGUGUUCCAAACAUGAAUAAGCCUAACAAAAAGGGUUGUAUUUUUAAUAAUUUUGAUAAUUACAGUAUCCAACAAUGGAUGAGAGAAGGUAACUUAGCUAAGCUGGAUCAACUGGUACUUUCUGGGUGUGGAGAUUUGCUCAUAGACAAAAAGGCGAACAAUUCUGAUGCAAUGGCUUUUGUUAAUGAAUUACCUGGUCUACUGGUAAGUUUUUGGCAUAUUUGCUUACUGUAUUUUACUAUUUUUAAAAUUUUUUGCACGGUGCAGUUAUGUAAACGACAAAGUACAACCGUUACAGUAUAAAAAAUGAUACUGUAAUUAUUUUAUUUGGGGUUAAAGCUUUGUUCAUUUUGGCUACACUAUCUUUGUAUUACUGUAUUUAAAAAAAUAUUUUUGUCAAAAUCUCAAUCUAUGACAUUUAAAACCCAACCAUCUUACCCAUAAUACCUAAAAACCACCUACUCUUAAAUUAUCGACCAAGUAGCCGGUCGAGUGUCACUUUGACAAACAACAAUACCAUCGUAUGUCGGGGAAAGUUUUUUCCGGACUAAUUGCCAGUUCACUUGGCUAUUGUCCUCAUACCGUAAUUAACCGGUCAAAGAAGUUUUUCGCGCACUUUCGGUCUUUGAAGGCCGCCCAAGAAGUGGCAGGGGUAAAUGGGUGCGGGCGGAUAAAAGAAUAUCCAUUAGGGUAAUUACAACAUACGUCGCUGUUAAGUGGUACCGUGUUCGGUUACAAAUUGUGAUGCAUUUUAUGGGGAUUACUGUAGUACUGUCGUGUACUGUAACUUUAAAAUGCAAAUUUUAAAAGAAAUUAAAAUUUUUUUUUGAAAUUUAUAAUUUUUAUGACAUUAUCAUCAAUAUCACCCGUUCAGGACACGAUCAGUUCCAUCCACAAGGCCAUCAAGGAAGGUGACAUGGGCACGGUACGGAACCUGAUGACCACGAAGCGGCUGGCGUUGGCCCGUGAUCGGCACGGCUGCACUCCACUGCACACUGCCAUUAUAUACGAACAGACCGAGAUAAUCCGCUUCAUCGCCGCUCAAUUCCAAUCGGUUUUGAAUGCGCCUGACUACGUAAGUGGUUCACCUUGACGAUGACAUGGGGGAUUGGGCAGUCAAGUUGUGAUUAGGAUAAGCAUUGUAUCGGAUGUGGAAGCUAUCGGAUACUGAGGCUGGGAAUUCGGGAUAUUAUUGUAGUUGUUGAGCUGUUUAGCCUUGAGAAAAUAUGAUUUUAAGAAGGAUUUGGUAUAAAAGGAUGUUAACAUUGAUAAAACAGACUGAUAAGAAAAUCGUGAAUACAAAAUUAAUAUAAAAAUGAAUGUUACAAGUUAAAUAUGACUCAUUUUACAGAACAAACGAACAGCGAUGCAUUACGCGGCAGCUGCCAGAGAUGGUGGCCAUUACUUGAAGAUCCUCGGCAAAGCCGGCGCUGAUCCAAUGGCCGUGGAUAACGUAAGGGCUGAGCUACAGUAUUCUCUAUAUUUCAAUUUUUUUUACAGUAUACUUUAUUUUAUUACAGUAUACUUUAUAUUAUGGCAAUAUUUUUUUGCUUUUUGGUCGAAUGUCUAUUUAAAAUGGCAAAAAAAUGGUCGAAAAAUGAUAAAACUUUGUUGUUUAGGAAGGCAGAACACCAGAUUACUAUCGUCGCAACGCGGUAUUCGAUUUGAAAUUGUUAAAAGAACGGGAAGACGACUUUGACAUACUUCAAGAACAUCUGAUUGACGAGGUAAAUCCGGUCGAUUCACCACCAUCACCUGAAACCAUGUCUUUGGGAAGGUAAGAAAAAUCGUUUUAACUGUAUUUUUUGAUUUUUUAAUUAGUUUAUAGAGAAAUGAAUUAAAAUGAACAAGCGGAAAUUAAUUUUACUUAAUUUAGGCCAAAAAGUUGGACUUUAGCUAACCACUAUUUAUUGAAAACCAGGGUUUUCGCGAUGGGACCAAAUUCCAAUAGUGUAAAUGCAAAGGAUUUAUUACACCCUUAGGAUCACACAUGCUAAUUUUAAAAUCAAAAACUUUUUAAACCACCUUUCUCAUAUUUACCUUGUAAUUCACCUUUGUUGUUACAGCUCGGCGAUGGAUUCCGGUCGUCGUGACGUUGCUCAAUUAGCCGAAACCGAACCAGAACUGGAAGUGGAAGACCUGGUCGAUCCCAUGGAUGAUCUGGAGAAUAUUGACAGAAGAAAGUUUGAGAAGCUGGUGGAGGACAAGAUGGACAUACCUACAAGUGAUAACGGCCUCUACUUGGCUCGUACUGUAGCGCCGAUACUAACCAAGGCUCUGGCAGAAGUGUUGUUGAGAAGACCAGCGGAUCCGAUUGACUUUAUAUCGGACUGGUUACUACGGUAUAACUCGGGGAAAGUAAACGGACAUGAUUAUUAG